CUACAAACUACAAUCAUCCAUGGCGUCCCAAAGAAGAGUCUAUGAGCGCAUAAGUCCAGGAGUUUCAGGUUGAGGGGCCAAAUUCAAUUGUCUGGGCUCAAAUGAAUUGGCAGCAUGGAGGUGGAUGGGCUGCCUUUGAAUCUUAAGGUCCUGGACAGCAUUGUGCUUGAUUAUCUACAUCAUGAAGAUCUAGUGUCAGCUAAGACAGAAAGAGGACAUCCAGCUUCUGAAGCGAACCAUCGUGGAAUGAUCGACCACAUUCGAAGUCUUGUUAACGAAGGGGCCAUUGAAUCGGCAAUUGCGUUAACAAACAAAAGCAAUGCAAACAUUCUGGAAGAUCAGCAAUUACUAUUCCAACUAUACAAGGAGCAAUUUUUGGAACACCUUCGGGCUGGAUCGGAUGAAGCGGCGAUCCAUUGUGCCAGGAAGUUUCUGGAGCCAUUGGCGCUCAAUGCUUACCUUGAGGCUUAUCAGGAUUUCAAGCAAGUAAUGCUUGCCUUCUUGUUUGGGCCUGAGGAUACGGGGUCGCCUGUUGCUGCACAGUGGUCUUUGAAACAAAGGUUCAACUUGGCAGGCACCUUGGCAAGCAACCUGCGAGCCGCUGCGGCAGCCUAUGAUCCACUCCUGUCCCUUCUGCUGAGAUACCUAAUCAGCAUCCAGAAGCGGUUCCUUGAAAUUGCUGGCAACCUACAGCCCUCGGUGAGACUGGGAAGGGUGCUGAGAGAGGUGCCGUUUGAUGAGAAGGAUCCUCCUCUGGUGCCCAAGUCAAGUCUUGACCGAGCCCCCGAUUUCAAAGAGAAAGAUGUGCAAGACCUGGCGCAUGCGGUCGAGCUGCCCCGACAAGCUGCUGUCGACAGCCUAAGGGUUGCAAACGGGCAUGUUAUCACUGCACUCAAAAACGAGCUUAGCCGCAUGCGCGUGAACCGGACGUUCGUGGACGAACUCGCACGGGAGUAUGGUGUGUACAGGGGCCUUGUGGAUUGCGGGCCUGAGUCAUCACGUCAGUCAUGUACAGAGGCAGGAUCGAGCCCCAGUCAAGUGCCUCAAUAUUCCAAUCAGAACCAGCCUUCAACCUCCAACACAGAGUAUGCGGUAGGCAAUAAUAGCAGGGGCUCAGUAGAAGUAGGUACAAGAAGCGCAUCGAAGCAUGUGAGUAGCAGAGAGGCAGUGCAGGGCGUAGAAAAGCCACAAACGCUCAGAAAACACGGAAGCGAAGCGGAAGUCUCGGGUCCUUGUACAGUCCAGCAACAAUUCGGCAAUGAUAAAGAAACAAAGUCAGGUGAGCAAGUAACCCAGGUAGACGAAGAUGGUGACGUGCGGAUGCAUGACGCUCAAGAGGGCGACCAGUCAAACGGAGCUUCGGGGGAGCCGGUCGCCCCCGGACCCAAGCCGGUACUGGUGUGGAGGGGCCGGCCCGAGGGGUUUCGGGAGCUGCACGACGGCGCACUGGGGCUGCAUCUCGAGGAUGCUUCGGCCGCCAGCACGGAGUUCUCGGAAGACGACGUCAAGUCGCUUGAAGCCAGCCUGCUCAACCCUGAUGGCCCAACGGUUGAAGCGCACGCUGGCGAACCGGGCAGCCUGGUCACGGAGCAGUCUUCUGAAAAGGCUUCGGCCUCAAAGGCAUCCGGAAGCGAGGGGGGCCAGCAGCGCCCUCGACGACAGGCCAGCGCGCAGGAGUAUCUGCAGACUUCCGUCUUGGGGACGGACGUGCUGCGAAGGUAUCGAGAGGUUUUGGAGAUUCGGGAUAUGGUGAGCACGGGGGCGACGGGCCGGGCCGUGGAGGAAACGCUGCGCCUGGUGCCAGGCUUCUUCGCGGACAAGCAGGAGCUGCUCUUCCGGCUGAAGGAAGUGGAGUUCGUCAGGCUUCUGGAGGCGGGCGAGCUCAAGCCAGCGCUGCGCUUGGCGCGAGAGUCGCUCGGCCCCCUGGCUGCGGAGCACCGCGAGCUGCUCCCGGCCCUGAAAGCGACGCUCCUCGCCUUGGCCAAGCCUGGCCCCUACCUGCCCAAAGUGACGCCCACCACAGCAGCCCUCGCCACCUCGCUACAGGAAGCUCUGGCCGGUGCCCUUGGGGUGCCCGAGCCGUUGCUCGUGGUUCUGAUGCGAAGCCUGCUCGACGCACACGACGAGUGGUUUGAGAUGCAGAUGUGCGAAGACCCGUUCCGAUCCUUCUUUAAGCUGGACGCCCUCAAGAGCAGCGAGUCGGAUGGGGACUCGGCGCUGGAAUCAACAACGGAAGCAGCUGAGGUACCGCAGUCCUCGGGGGAGCAGAGUGCGGCUGACGAGUCGAUCCUGACGCUCAUGGAGUUCCUUGCGAUCUCUAGGAGCGAUGCAAUUGUACUGCUGGACAAGUUCGAUGGGAGUGUUGAAGCAGUGUUCGCAGAUAAGCUCGGAGGUGAUUAGAUACCACGCGUCGGCUUCACCUAGGAAGAGCAAGUCAAACAGAGAACAGAAGCGUUCUUACCAAACAAGGUUCUACCUGCUCAGCUUGUACAGAUGAACCGUCGUCCGGAUCGUUCGCACGCACCUUGUCAAGACAGGCGGUCAUUGUGCUGAAAAUUUACCCGAAGCCAAG